AUGAAAGAAGGAUGGGAAGUACGAACAGUGGAAGAAGUGGAUAAUGCAGUCAGUGCAGAGAUACCGAAUGGAGAAACGGAACACGAGGUUCACGCCGCUGUUACAUCGUUUAUGCUUCAUAGGAAUUGCGAAAUUAAAAGUCCUAAUUCCCCAUGCAUGCGUGAUGGAAAAUAUUCGGAACGUAUUCCCAAAAUCGUUAUUCUCAAAAUCGCUAGAUAUUCAGAGCGUAUUCCCAAAACGUCCAUGGAAGUGAACGGCUAUCCAAGCUAUCGGAGACCAACUGCACAACUGUUGAAGUCAAUGGCGAGGUGUACAGCGAUGAGUGGGUAA